AUGGUGUCACAUACGGUGGACGAGGCCUCUCGAUUUGCCAGCUAUGAACCUCGUGGAACGCACGUCCAACCCGACGACGGUGGAACAUUGACCAACCAUUUCGUCCGAAAACCGACAAUGCAGCACCUAUCAGAUCCAGGUCCCUCCAUCCUUAAUCGUAAUCAUGUCAUCUUUGCUACCGCUGCAGAAGCUCGACCGAACCAUAGUGAGCUUGUGGUGACGUACCUUUACUAUGCUCCGAAAGGUUCAUUCCGGGCUAACUUGGCUUGGUGCUACCAGCCAGCAUCGGGUGGAACAAGAUGA